ACAGGACAAGACUCCAAGACGCACAGUGACACCAUGCUGCAGAGUGAAGUAGAUCGCUGUUUAUAUUAUACGCAUCACUAAUGUGAGGUUUAAGAAUAAAGCGGAUGAUUUACAGAAACAUUUAGACACAAGAAAGCGAAAAGAGUGCGCUCAUGAAGACGCACCGGACCACAAACCUUUGCUCUUAAAACUGUCAUGAAGCAGAAGGACGCAGACCUCUUAUAGGUCAUUUUGCAACGUUUCAGGUUCAUCUAAAGGGGAAAAAUAAAUCAUGAACUUAUCGGAGUCUGUUUGGCUCUUUGACGAGCCGUGGAACCUCAGCAGAGCGGAGGAAGAGGACCAGAAACUUUUAUUCGGGAUCGGCACGGAUAAUUUCAUCACACUGCUGGUUUUCGGGCUCAUCUUUACGCUCGGGGUUCUGGGUAACUCCAUGGUGAUCACCGUGCUGGCCCGGAGCAAACCGGGGAAACCACGGAGCACCACCAACAUAUUCAUCCUCAACCUGAGCAUAGCAGACCUCUCCUACCUGCUCUUCUGCGUCCCUUUCCAGUCCACCAUCUACAUGAUGCCGAUGUGGGUCCUGGGCGCAUUUAUUUGCAAAUUCAUUCACUAUUUCUUCACCGUGUCCAUGCUGGUGAGCAUCUUCACCCUGUCUGCCAUGUCCGUGGACAGAUACAUUGCCAUUGUGCACUCCAGAAAGUCCUCCUCUAUCCGGGUGGCGAAGCACGCUCUGAUCGGGGUGGUGGUGAUUUGGAUACUGUCCCUGGCCAUGGCUGCGCCCGUCAUGUAUUACCAGAACAUUUCACACGUUCAGAAUCACACGUUCUGCUGGGAAAUGUGGCCAGAUCCAAACCACAAGAAAGUCUAUGUGGUGUGCAUGUUUGUGUUUGGUUAUGUGUUGCCUCUGCUGCUGAUUUCCUUCUGUUAUGCAAAGGUUUUAAAUCACUUGCACAAAAAACUAAGAAAUAUGUCCAAAAAGUCAGAGGCAUCAAAGAAAAAGACUGCUCAGACGGUCCUGGUGGUGGUGGUGGUGUUCUGCCUCUCUUGGCUCCCGCAUCACGUCGUUUACCUGUGGGUGGAAUUCGGGACCUUCCCGCUGAACCAGGCCUCCUUUGUGUUACGAGUGGCCGCUCACUGCCUGGCGUACAGCAACUCGUCGGUCAACCCGGUCAUUUACGCCUUCCUGUCAGAAAACUUCAGGAAGGCUUACAAGCAGGUGUUCAAAUGCCAGAUCGGAUCCAGUGACUCCCCGCUCAAUGACAUCAAGGAGAUCCGCAGCAAAGUGGACACUCCACCGUCGACUAACUGCACCAACGUCUGACCUUGACAACAAGGUGUGGAUUGUGGAUGGUCGCGUGAAAUGAAAAAUGGCAACCAUCAUUCUGAAACUCAAUGUAAAGUCAUAGUGACAGAGCCAUCAGGCAUGUUUGUGGAUUCUUUUAUGUUAAGCGCUUGGAUAUUGCUACAGCUGUACUGUUCCACAUAAGCACUGUUCAUUCCUGGACCAGAGGAGAUGCUGCAGGGCAGGCUUACUACCUAUUUCAUCCAUCUGUUAUCUGUUAUCUUCUUUCAUAAUUAAACCUGUGGAGUUUGAAUCUCAGGAAAAACUCAAAAGUGAAACUCAUUUUGAUUGUAAAUAGUAUUUACAUAUGGCACAUUACGAUAUAUAUUUACAAGCCAAUAAAAAAAAGGUCACUGUACCUUCAGACUUAAAAAGUAUUAAAAAAUCUCAAUUGGUAGAGUUUUUUUAAAGAUUAUUUUAAUGUAUGAUAUCAAAUCACAGCAUGAUCACCUGCUGAAGUACAACUCUUGUUUGAAUGUAUUUUCUGUCUAAAAGACAGUGUUGAGCAUUGCUUGCUAACAUUUUACCGAAUUGUGAUUAUGUUUUGGUUAUGAGUAAUGGAUUAUAAUUAUUAGGGGCUACAUGAGGUCUGGACCUAAAUGCACACUUCAAGAGACAGGUUAUCAGUGUAAACACAAAUCUUUUAUUGAUUACAGCUGG